GCCCCCCGAGUGUGUGAGUGGUGGCGGUGCCGCGCUGUCCGGGUUCUGUCGUCCCGGAGGGAGCGAGCCGCGGUGCCCCCCGGCCAGGAGCGCCCCCGGCCCCGCGCGGAGGACCAGGAGGGGACCUGGGGGCGGGCUGCGGCCGCGCUGGGCCGCGCUGGGGCGGGCUGGCGGCCCCGCUCCUGCGCCUGCUGCUGUCCCUGGGACCCGGGUGCCGGCACUGAGGCGUCCCCGGCGGACAGCGACCCCCUUCCCCGGCUCCCCUGGCCGCCCCGCCGGGGAGGGCGGAAGAUGCCGGUGAAGAAGAAGAGAAAAUCCCCGGGGGUGGCAGCGGCAGUGGCGGAAGACGGAGGCCUCAAGAAGUGUAAAAUCUCCAGCUAUUGCAGAUCCCAACCCCCUGCUAGACUAAUAAGUGGAGAGGAACAUUUUUCAAGCAAGAAGUGCCUGGCUUGGUUUUAUGAGUAUGCAGGUCCUGAUGAAGUUGUAGGGCCAGAAGGAAUGGAAAAAUUUUGUGAAGACAUUGGUGUUGAACCUGAAAAUAUUAUUAUGUUAGUUUUAGCGUGGAAAUUGGAGGCUGAAAGCAUGGGAUUUUUUACCAAGGAAGAAUGGUUAAAGGGGAUGACUUCAUUACAGUGUGACUGCACAGAAAAGUUACAGAACAAAUUUGACUUUUUGCGCUCACAGUUGAAUGAUAUUUCUUCGUUUAAGAAUAUCUACAGAUAUGCCUUUGAUUUUGCAAGGGAUAAAGAUCAGAGAAGCCUUGAUAUCGACACUGCUAAGUCUAUGCUCGCCCUGCUGCUUGGAAGGACAUGGCCGCUGUUUUCAGUGUUUUACCAGUACCUGGAGCAAUCGAAGUAUCGUGUUAUGAACAAAGAUCAGUGGUACAAUGUGUUAGAAUUCAGCAGAACCGUCCAUGCCGAUCUUAGUAACUACGAUGAAGAUGGUGCUUGGCCUGUUCUUCUCGAUGAAUUUGUUGAGUGGCAGAAAAUCCGUCAGACAUCAUAGCAAGAGCUCUUGCGGAGAAAAUGCAAACCUUCUGAUGCCCACGUGUGUACAGGCUAAUGAGAGGAGAAAUCCAAAGGCUGCAUUUUCCUUCAUGUGAAAGACUUCUCCUAGUACUUUGUUUUCCUUUUUUUUAAAAGGAAGUUUUCUUGUUACAUGUGAUGGGCAUUGAGCCACACCUCUUCUGAGACUGAGUAUCCAAGUUUUGUUUUGGGUUAUGUUUAUAACAUUUAUUUCAGAACAAUAAAGAUUCAGAUUUGUGACAAAGGCCUUAAAGUGAAGAUGUCCCUUGAGUGUCAGAGUGGUAUUUAUUUUUGUAAAUUUUAAUUCUUGAAUUUUAGAGGAUCUUUCUUGCCAUGGAUUUGGAAUUUUAAAGAUUCUGAACAACCUUAAUAUUUGGGAGUGUGGCCUGCUGAUAGUACGGCUCGUGUAUUCAUCUGUGCACUGUUAGGAAGAAUGUUGGCUUCACUUCUGGGAUGAUGAUUUUCUGAUUCAGCAAAUAAAUACAUUUCUGGAUAUUGGGCGUUC